CUCGGCUCGGCCCAACCUCUCCGCUCCCGCCUCGGCCCCUGCCUCUGGGAGGGGUUCCUCCCCCCUUCCACUUUGCACCAGUCCGAGGGAAUUUGCGGUCGGUGACGCGCAUCCUUAAGAGAGCCACCUGCAGCGCGGGGCGCGCCGCUCCAGGCGGCAUCGCAGGGCUGGGCCGGCGCGGCCUGGGGACCCCGGGCUCCGGAGGCCAUGCCGGCGUUGGCGCGCGGCGGCGGCCGGCUGCCGCUGCUCGUUGUUUUUUCUGCAAUGAUAUUUGGGACUAUUACAAAUCAAGAUCUGCCUGUGAUCAAGUGUGUUUUAAUCAAUCAUAAGAACAAUGAUUCAUCAGUGGGGAAGUCAUCAUCAUAUCCCAUGGUGUCAGAAUCCCCAGAAGACCUCGGGUGUGCAUUGAGACCCCAGAGCGCAGGGACAGUGUACGAAGCCGCCACGGUGGAAGUGGAUGUAUCUGCUUCCAUCACAUUGCAAGUGCUGGUCGACACCCCAGGGAACAUUUCCUGUCUCUGGGUCUUUAAGCACAGCUCCCUGAAUUGUCAGCCACAUUUUGAUGUACAAAAUAGAGGAGUUGUUUCCAUGGUCAUUUUGAAAAUGACAGAAACCCAAGCUGGAGAAUACCUACUUUUUAUUCAGAGUGAAGCUACCAAUUACACAAUAUUGUUUACAGUGAGUAUAAGAAAUACCCUGCUUUACACAUUAAGAAGACCUUACUUUAGAAAAAUGGAAAACCAGGACGCCCUGGUCUGCAUAUCUGAGAGCGUUCCAGAGCCGAUCGUGGAAUGGGUGCUUUGCGAGUCACAGGGGGAAAGUUGUAAAGAAGAAAGUCCAGCAGUUGUUAAAAAGGAGGAGAAAGUGCUUCAUGAAUUAUUUGGGACGGACAUAAGGUGCUGUGCCAGAAAUGAACUGGGCAGGGAAUGCACCAGGCUGUUCACAAUAGAUCUAAAUCAAACUCCUCAGACCACAUUGCCACAAUUAUUUCUUAAAGUGGGGGAACCCUUAUGGAUAAGGUGCAAAGCUGUUCAUGUGAACCAUGGAUUCGGGCUCACCUGGGAAUUAGAAAACAAGGCACUCGAGGAGGGCAGCUACUUUGAGAUGAGUACCUAUUCAACAAACAGAACUAUGAUACGGAUUCUGUUUGCUUUUGUAUCAUCAGUGGCAAGAAACGACACGGGAUACUACACUUGUUCCUCUUCAAAGCAUCCCAGUCAAUCCGCUUUGGUGACCAUCGUAGAAAAGGGAUUUAUAAAUGCUACCAAUUCCAGUGAAGAUUAUGAAAUUGACCAAUAUGAAGAGUUUUGUUUUUCCGUCAGGUUUAAAGCCUACCCACAAAUCAGAUGUACAUGGACCUUCUCUCGAAAAUCAUUUCCUUGUGAGCAAAAGGGUCUCGAUGACGGAUACAGCGUAUCCAAGUUUUGCAAUCAUAAGCACCAGCCAGGAGAAUAUAUAUUCCAUGCAGAAAAUGGUGAUGCCCAAUUUACCAAAAUGUUCACGCUGAAUAUAAGAAGGAAACCUCAAGUGCUCGCGGAAGCAUCAGCGAGUCAGGCGUCCUGUUCCUCGGAUGGAUACCCAUUACCAUCUUGGACCUGGAAGAAGUGUUCAGACAAGUCUCCCAACUGCACAGAAGAGAUCCCAGAAGGAGUCUGGAAUAGAAAGGCUAACAGAAAAGUGUUUGGACAGUGGGUGUCCAGCAGUACUCUAAACAUGAGUGAAGCCAUAAAAGGGUUCCUGGUCAAGUGCUGUGCAUACAAUUCCCUUGGCACAUCUUGUGAGACGAUCCUUUUAAACUCUCCAGGCCCCUUCCCUUUCAUCCAAGACAGCAUCUCAUUCUAUGCAACAAUUGGUGUUUGUCUCCUCUUCAUUGUCGUUUUAACCAUGCUGAUUUGUCACAAGUACAAAAAGCAAUUUAGGUAUGAAAGCCAGCUACAGAUGGUACAGGUGACCGGCUCCUCAGAUAAUGAGUACUUCUACGUUGAUUUCAGAGACUAUGACUAUGAUCUCAAAUGGGAGUUUCCAAGAGAAAAUUUAGAGUUUGGGAAGGUGCUAGGAUCAGGGGCUUUUGGAAAAGUGAUGAACGCAACAGCUUAUGGAAUUAGCAAAACAGGAGUCUCAAUCCAGGUUGCGGUCAAAAUGCUGAAAGAAAAAGCAGACAGCUCUGAAAGAGAGGCACUCAUGUCAGAACUCAAGAUGAUGACCCAGCUGGGAAGCCACGAGAAUAUUGUGAACCUGCUGGGGGCGUGCACGCUGUCAGGACCAAUUUACUUGAUUUUUGAAUAUUGUUGCUAUGGUGAUCUUCUCAACUAUCUAAGAAGUAAAAGAGAAAAAUUUCACAGGACUUGGACAGAGAUUUUCAAGGAACACAAUUUCAGUUUUUACCCCACUUUCCAAUCACAUCCAAAUUCCAGCAUGCCUGGUUCAAGAGACGUUCAGAUACACCCGGACUCGGAUCCAAUCUCAGGGCUUCAUGGGAAUUCAUUUCACUCUGAAGGUAAUAUUUUAUUCUAAGUAGUAGCACUUUAA